AUGGAGGUGGAGGAGGGGAUGCCUGGAUCCAGGGUGGGGGAAGGAGUCGAUGUUCUUGUUAAGGUGGAGACAAAUGGAGAUGUGGUGCACAAGGAGCAUCCGAUGAAGGGGGUGGCCGAUUCUGAUGAAAUCGGGAAUUGGGCGGUGGAUCAAUCGCUUCCUAAGUCAGCCGGAUACAAUCCAGUUGCAGGUAAGAUGAACGGGGACGCGAUCCGAGUGGCGGCGACGAGCCCAAUGCCAAAUCCGACGCCGGAUCAGUCUCCUGCUUCGGGCCCGAUUGUCGAUGCUUCUGCUUCACCGUCCCCUGCGUCGACAGCAAAAGGUUACGGGCUGAGAAGAUGGAGGAGAGUGAGGCGGGAUAUUAGCAAGGAAGAAGGCGUCAUCACUGAUCCUAGCCGGGUGAUCAAGCGUGGGUUUUCAGUCACAGAGUCCUCCAAGGUUUUGAACGAGAACAAGCAGAAGAGCGACCUGGAGGGCAAGGACCUGGCCGCUUCCAUCGAUUCGAGGAGUUUGCAGGGUGUAUCUAACGCUCAGGAUAUCGAGCUCGAGCUGUUGGAGGCUGUUGGCAGCUUCUCGGUUGGAAAAAAUUCCGAGAACAGCGAUGAACGAAGCAACACGUCUUCCGCAGCGGGGAGCAUCACCAGAACAAACCACGAAGGAUUAGGAUAUGAGAAGGAGAGGGACCGAGCGAGGAAUUUCAGGGGAAAAUUUUCGGGCAAUGUUGCCCAAGUACGGGGCCAGCGUCGGAAGGGAGGUCCUCUCCAGAUCAAUAAGAAGCUGAGAGGGGAUCAAGUGAAGCUCGAGAAGGACGACUCUCAUUCGAGCGUCGAAUCAGACCUGAGAAGCUCCAACGCAGUCUAUGCACAGUGGGGCAGUACCAGCACUAAUGGCAAGCAGAGUGAAGGAUCUUCGAAUUUCGACGGACUCGUCGACCAUGUUGAAACCCAGGUCACCGAGGACAGCCUCGAGGGAUUGUACAGAAGCGAUGGGGAAGACGUCGCGGACACAUCAAGAGAUGAAUUGCAUGAAGAUGUGUUUGGGAAGGAUAAUUUAGAAAGUAGACAGAGUUGUACCCCCUCUGAAAUAGAUGGAGAUCCCUUUGCUGAGUCGCUAAAUUUACUUCACGCAGUACAUGAAACACUCGAGAAAGGUACUUUACCCUUGCUUGCAUCAAUAUUCUCCGUAGUUCCUAGCUUUGAUUAUUUGUGUUCCAUCCUGUUUGACUGUAUUGAUGAUCAGAAUCUUAGAGAUAAUCGAAAAUUUUCGCCUGUUUUUUCCUUCCUGUUCUUAACUUUGCUUCAUGGUCUGAUCCGGGGGAAUUAUUCAACAAAGGCCUUAACUCAUACGUGUUCCUCCAAAAUAAUCUUGUUCUCCCAGAGAGCUACUUAGGUAUGUAAAUCAUAUGAAAUAUUUCACGCACAUUUUCAAGGACAGCGAAAUCAGGUUCUACAGAGAAGAGUCAGCGCCACGCGGUUGAUGUAAAGUAGCUGGAACUGGUGAAAACCUGCGUCGUCUUGACAAGAUGCCCAUAACAAUUUCAAUUUUCCUGCAAUUACCUGAAAAAGGUAAAGAUUAUAAUAAGCAGACGAACCCAUAUUAUCCCCUGGCCUUGCGUUGUUGUCCAUAUGAUAAAUUCUAUUCCACUGCAUAUGUUACGUUGUGGUCCUGAUAUGGGAAAUUAAAACAAUGGAAACACAGAUUCUGUAUAUUUUCUCGUUCUAAUUGCGUUAUCAGAUUAGUCUCCUUUUCUAUGGCACCAGUUCAUGUUUUGAUACGCCCUCUUCUUUAACGAGGGAGUCAAGGGCUAAACAAUCGUCUGUGUAAGAACUGGGCAACAGUUCUUUAGCUAUAUUCUGUUUUUGUGAAAUGGAGAGAAAGAUUUCUUACCAGAAAAAGAAGGGAUCGGGAUUUAAUGAUUGGAUUAUGCUCCUAAGUUCGUGUCCAAUGAUGGCGGAUCAGCAUGUAUGUCCAGAAAUCUGGAAAACUUUAAGGAGACUCUUAGCAACUGGAGAGAACCACUAUAUCUUCCUUGCAUCGUUGAAGUCAACUUCAGCUAUGUGUGAACUGCCAAAGAGUCCGAGAACCAGCUUAUUUUUCUGUUGUCGUACAUUACCUGACAUGACCCAAUAUAAAUCUAGCUUCAUACCCGCUAGAACCCUGUUAAAGAAUUACAACCAGCUUCUCUGUUGUCAUGGUUCUGGAGUUCUAGCAUCAAUCUUGAGGCUGACUUUCUGAAAGUGGAAUCAGGAUCGACUUCGUCAAUGUUUCUUCCUGUCCCUGCUGCUCGACGGUGAGAUUUUUUUUUUGUUUACUGCUUCUCUGCGAUGUUCAUGUUAACGGUAACAAAGAACAGAAAUAAUUUUCUCUGUUGACUCUGGAUGUUCAAUGCCUAUUGUUUAGCUAUUCAUGAGAGGGAAUAGUUUGAUUCGCCCACGUUUUUUAGCACCUGGAUUCUUCAGUUCACUGACUUUUCCUGAAAAUCGGCUAGGAUGAUGACAAUAGGGUUGACCUCUGGUGUUUGACUUCUAUAGUUUUGACUUCUGACAGCUCUCCAAAUUUCAGAAAUCCAUCUGCUGGGGAAGAUCGGGAGGGACGCAUCUGCUCGCCCCAAUCACGAGGAGGGCGAGGGGAGCAGCUCCGCGUCCGUCGAAAAUGAGCUGAAUCAGGAAGAAGCACUACACAAGACGAACCAGCUGGAGGAGAAGGAGAUGGAGGAGGAGCUGGAGGGCCUGUUCAGGAAGAGCGUGGAGGAAGAAGUCAAAUGCUUCAUCUUCUCGGCCGCACUGGGCGAGGCGAGGGCCCACGGAGAGCCCCCGGUCAACGAGAGGCUGAGGGCCGCAGAGGAGGAGGCGGCGCUGCUGAAAAGGCGGCUGGAGCAGGUCGCUGCGUUCUGCAGAGGACUGGAAGGGACGGAGGAGGUUUUGAGGCUCCGCCAUGGCGUCUACAAUGUCUCUCUACGCUGGCUCGCCCAGUUGGUGCUGCUGCUCGUCGCUGUGGUGGCGCUGGUGGUGCAGAUCUUCUUUUCCUCCGGCGACGGCGGCGGCAUGGUGCCUACUUGA